AUGAGACGUUCACUGGCUUUCUUGGCUCUCGUCGCCACAUCCUUCGCCGUCCCCCAAGCAGUCACAGAAGACAUCAGCCCCAAAGAUGGUCCCCCCAAAGGAUGCACAACAUCAUACGGUGGUCAAUUCGAAGUGACGAUCUUCAAGCCUAGCAACAUGAAACGCGAUCUUAGCGAGAAGCGUUCAUGCAACGGCGAGGGUGUUCUUGUCCUUAACCUCAAGGACGGAGUACUCAAAGAUGCUCAAGGUCGCACGGGUUACAUCUCCGACAGCUACCAAUUCCAAUUUGACAAGCCCGCUCAGUCUGGCGCAAUUUACACCUCUGGCUUUUCCGUCUGUUCCAACGGUACUCUCGCUCUUGGUCCUUCAGCUAUUUUCUGGCAGUGCAAGUCGGGCGAUUUCUACAACCUGUACGAUCGCGAUUGGGCAGAGCAAUGUGAGCCUGUCGAGUUUGGUGUCAUGCCCUGUGGUAAGGGAAGUUCUUCCAAGUCUGCGCCCAAGAAGAGGAUUGUCGGAAGCAGCGUCGUUGCAACAACUGUUGUGACUGUUGUGUCUGAUGGUACAACCAAGGAGGUUCCCACUACAAUUGCGGUGCCCAUGUGCCAAAUUGGUGAUGGACAAGUUCAAGUUCGCACGACGCCUUGUGAUGACAUGGAACUUCCUGUCAUCACUGCUCCUCCUGUUAGUCAGGUGUCGGAUGGCAAGCUUCAAGUUCCUACCACUGCACCUCCGGCACCUCCCGCUGUUCAGCCUCAAGACAACCCUGGCGAUGCUGGCAAGCCUGCAGGCGAUGCACCUGGCAGUGGUAACGGUUCUGAAGGCGGUGCGGGUAGUGAUGGAGGCAACUCUGGUGGCGAUAACGGUGGAAAUGGCAAUGGCGACGAAGGUGGUAGUGGCAGCGAUUCAGGCGAUAACUCUAAACCUGGUGCUUCACCUGCUGGCAACUCGGCACCAGAGAACACUGGCGCAGCUUCUCAGAACUGUGCCGACUCCGAUGAUGGAUCUUGCGCCCGGGGUCAAGGAAGCGCUGGUCGCUCUGGAAAGGCCAAGCCGACAGCAACUGACGACGAAGUGCUUGCCACUGACUCCGGUUCCCCUUCAGAGACCGACGAUACAGAGGAGACCGGCACUUCUCGUGGCGGUAGCACACGCGCUGUCAAGCCUUUCCGACCCCAGAGUACUGAUGGCGAUGAUGCGGAAGAGACAGACAGCGGCGCGGAUUCAAGCUCGGGUGACAACUCAUCUUCGGAUGCUGCUCAAUCUGAUGGGUUGAGGAUUGCUGCCAGUCUAGGCAUGGUGUUCGUCUCGGCUAUGCUGGGAAGCUUUUUAAUCUUGUGA